AUGGGGAUUCGCAGCCGUUACAAAAAAUGGAAAGGCGGAAAGUCUCCACACCAGGAGAACGUGGAGGUGAACGCGGAGGUGCACGGUGAGGUGAACGGUAAAUCGACGGUGGACCCAGCCAAAACACCUGCAAUCUCCAAAACAGCUACCUCCACCUCUUCCAGUGUCAAUUCCCAAUCACAAAACCUUAGAUCUCGCCAAUCUACCGAAAUCCCAAGGUCUACCUCAGAUUCCCUGCCAACCACCGCCGAUGCCUCUGUCAAGCCCUCAGCCACAGAGGGGACUGAGGUGGACGAAGACAUAUGCAACCCCUCGCAGAAAGACUCUGAGGACCUCUGGCAAAUGAGCUUUGAUGAACUUUCUCAGGAGGAGCAAGGGCAGCUUCAAGCCUUCUUGAUGUCAGCCCAAGUAAAUUCUAAUGGUCAGACCCAGAAUAUGAGCUUCAAAGGUACGGAUUUUGAAGAUCUCAUUGUUGUUACCCGGAAGAAGCAGGACGGAUUAUCAGACAAAAUCUGGAAGUUCGAUUUUUAUGGACGCAAAAUUGUCCCAAGAGACUAUACGGCAAGGGUCAUUACUUGCCUUACCACUGUCGGUGACGUCGGUGUCCAACUCAUGCCCCAGCCGGCGAGUAUUAUCUGGCCUCUGGUGAAAGGCUUGAUGCAGGUCACAGUCAACGCAGAUGAAGAGACUGCCGCUAUACUCAUGACGGCAGAUAUCCUUGUUCGGACUAUUCGCUGUGGAAAGACAUACGAAAGCAUCUUCCGCGAAAAGAUCAAAGAUCAGCACACAAAUCUUUGGGCUGACUUCCAAUCCGCUUUGUUGAAGUUAUAUGUUGCAUCAUUAAGACUCCUGGUUUAUGCCCUCCGGCAAUGCGAUAAACGGACAGGCCGUCGGCUAGUCAAUGCCCUUCUGAACCCCUCAGAAGCAAAAGAUCAGGUCUCAGAUUUAGAGAGUUGUCGUUCCCAUCUUCGUGAAGUUAUUCUGGAUUGUCGAAGCAAGAUUGAGGACGAUGUGGAUGCCACCGUUAUGGAAUUUUUGGAAAAGUUCUCCAUGUUCAAUUCGGUCAUCGAGCAACGUUUUGAUGAACUUUUUGAGCGGUUAGAUAAGCAGGAAGUGAUGGAAAUCCUCAACUGGAUCUCGCAGUAUAGGGAACUCGAUCGACAUCAUCUAAAGGCGGACGCUCGGACGCCCGAAACGUGCGGGUGGAUUCUAGAAAGCUCGGCUUUCAAAAAGUGGGAGCAAAGCAUAUCACCGGCAGUCGUUUGGCUGCAAGGUCUCCCUGGUACUGGAAAAAGCUUUCUCACGUCUAGGGUUAUAGACCAUCUCCGUGCGAAUUUACAUCCAGGUGAGGGGCUAGCCUUCUACUACUGUCAACGGAGCGGACAAACCUUCGAAGACCCAAGUGAUGUGAUUCGAGCACUUUUUCGCCAGUUGGCAACUCCGGCCCACGAGUUUCAAGAGGAUGAAAUGCGCAAGGAUGUCCGAGACCUCUUCGCUCAAUCGAAGAGAAUGACCCAUCCGUCAAUUUCGACCUGCAAGCAGCAAAUUAUCAAGUCUGUCAGUCAAUACAGCCAAACCACGAUUGUUCUGGAUGCCCUUGACGAAUGUGCCGAGCCCAGAAAUGAGCUAUUUGACCUCAUUGAUUCUCUUGUUUCUCAAUCAGACUAUCCAGUUCGGGUAUUUAUCUCUGCUCGUCCAGAGUCUGACAUCGAGGAACAUUUCCAUAAUGAACCCAUCAUCAAAACCGGGGUUCCUGAAGUGAAAGAAGACAUAAAAAGCUUUAUCGAGAAGAAGAUUGGCGAGCUCCGUUGGAACUCUAAUACAGUGAGGUUCCGAGAAGAGGCCGUUGAAGCUCUGGUAGAGAAGAGUGACGGGAUGUUUUUGUGGGCUUCCCUGCAGAUUGAACAAUUACGUAACUUGCAAUUAGGCAAGGCUAUCCUUCGUCGCAUCAAGCGAAUGCCUCAAGGCCUCACCCAAACCUACAAGGAGAUCUAUGAACAGAUAUCCGCGGAUGAAGAUCAGAAAACAGUCGUGGAUCGUGCCUUUAUAUGGGUGAUGUGUUCGUACGGACCGAUGAGAAGCGAACAGCUCCUAGCCGCCAUUCGUCAUGAUGAAAAUCAUAACGAGCUGGAAGAAGUGGUUGAUACAAACACGUUGUUGAGCCUCUGUAAGAACUUGCUUGUUUUGGAUCAGCCCUCGAACCGAUUCAGAUUCUGUCAUGCUUCCGUUUCAGAGUAUAUCGAAAAUGAACUGUGGAAUUCGCAAAGAGCCCACUGCUAUGCUGCCAAGUCGUGCCUGCGCUUCCUAAUGCUUGCAUAUGGAGAACCGGCACUUAGCACAGUCUCUAAAUCCAGCCACGAUGACGUUAUGAUCACAACCCAAGAGGACCCGCAAAUGUAUGAUGAUUCGGUCAUUCUUUCAAGAGAGUAUCCGUUCCACUUCUAUUCCCGACACCACUGGAUGCGCCAUAUUCAGCGCCAAGAGUAUAUGGCACAAGAGUCCGAAGGAUUUGACUAUCUUUUGAAUACUCUGCUCAGAGCGUUCUUGAAAUCUCCAUCAAGAAGUGGAACUGUCUAUCAGGCAUGGUAUCGGGACGUUUCAGACGACGUGCGGCUUACACGAGAUACGGCUAUCUUCACCGACUACUCUACGCUUCAAGACAUUUCGCCGCCAACUCUUCCUAUUCUUGCAGUCUGUCGCUAUUCGUUCAAUACCAUACUCAAAGAUUGGUGGGAUGGAAACGAUAUGUUCCCUACAUACCUGAACAAACAAAACGAAAGUCCUCUUAUUGUUGCUGCCAGGGCUGGUUGCAUUUCAAUUUGCGAAAAACUUCUAAAUCGCAAAGCUUCCGUUGACCAUUCUGGUAAUCGGGGUAGUGCCCUUUCCACUGCAGCACUCGACGGGAAACUUGAUUUAGCCCGAUUUUUGAUAGAAAAAGGGGCUACUGUUGAUAUGACUCUUCAAGGAGAGUUUGGAAGCGCUCUCGCCGCCGCUGCAUCCACGGGAAACUUUGACAUGGUCAGACUUCUGAUAGAAAAUGGGGCAACUAUUAAUAUGCCCCUUCAAGGAAAUUACGGAAGUGCCCUUGCUACUGCGGUAUCCUUUAGUGAUAUUCCCAUGAUUGAAUUUUUAAUCGAAAACCAGGCCACCAUUGAUAUGGAACUUCAAGGAGACUGCAGGAGCGCACUUUCACUUGCGGUAUCUACUGGUAGACUUGACAUGGUUAAAUCUUUACUACGAAAAGGGGCCAACAUUAAUAUGGAACUUCAAGGACGCUUCAGAAGCGCCAUCGCCACUGCGGCAUUCUUUGGCGAUCUUGACAUGAUCGAGCUUCUCGUACAAGAAGGGGCUAUCAUUGAUAUGCCGAUGGAAAGAAACUUCCAAGGAACCUUUGGAAGUGCCCUCGCUGCUGCAGCACAGCAUGGCCAGCUCAAAGCGGCUGAAUAUCUCAUUGACAAAGGUGCCAAUGUUGAUCUCGAGAUUCCGGGAGUAUACGAAAGCGCCUUGACUGCUGCGGCUUGCGGUGGUAGACGUUCUAUGAUCGAACUCCUGAUAAAUAAAGGGGCUACUGUUGAUAUGGAAUUCCAAGGGUCUUACAGAAGCGCGCUCACCGUUGUGGCAUUCACUGGGAACGUUGGUGGAGUUGAAUCUCUGAUAGAGAACGGGGCUACUGUUGAUUUAGCGCUUGAAGGAAAAUACGGAAGCGCCCUCGCCGCUGCGGCAGUCUACAGUAACAUUCGUGUGAUCGACCUCCUGAUUACAAAAGGGGCCAAAGUCAAUAUGGCGCUUCAUGGAUCAUACGGAAGCGCUCUUGCUGUUGCGGCAUACAAGCACCGCGUUCCAGCGGCCGUAUUUCUGAUAGAAAAUGGAGCCACUGUUAAUGCGGCGCUUCAAGGACCCUACGGAAGCGCGCUCGCUGCUGCUGCAUGUGGUAGUAGCGUUAAAAUGGCUGAAUGUUUGAUACAAAAUGGGGCAAUUGUUGAUAUGCUUCUUCUGACCGGACAUUUCGGAAGUGCGCUUGCGGCAGCAGCCGCAGCAGGAUGGGUGGAGGUUGUCAAGUAUCUCAUUGAAAAAUGCGGAGCCGACGUGAAUUUGCCUUUGGUUGCUGGAAGUUAUGGGACUGCUUUGAACGCAGCUUCACAUUGGGGACAGACAGAAUGUGUGAAAAUAUUGCUCGGUGCUGAGGCUACUGUGAACCCUUCGAAAGACCACUCUGGGUUUAGUAACGCCCUCGAAGCGGCUCAAGCCGAGACUUGCGAAAGCUGUCAACAUUUUAAUAAUAUGACAAACAAGAGACGAGGAAUGCGACGAGAUGCGGCACAAAUAGCUGCUGACAAGCAUGCGGUAACAAAGCUUUUGCUGGAAUAUGAGAGCGUGUCAACGGGAGUUUGCUAG